AUGAAUGAGAAAAGUGAGAAUUGUUCUUCCUAUAGCUCAUCGAAAUCAACUCAUAACUCAAAUCCAUUGGAAAAUGACCUGACAUCAUUUGUUAAUGGUUCAAAUGAAUUUCAAAAAAUUGAAGAUGCUUCAAGUUUAUCAUAUAACUCUACUAAUAUUAAUUCUGACUGCCAAAUAAUAUCUCCUAUAGAGUUUCCGAUACUUGCCACUCCUUCAAUUAUAUAUUACCACAACAAUAUAAGGCCUAAUUUAAUUGGUGAAACUGCAAGAACUAAAGAUAUCAUAUCCAUAGAUAAUAAUACUAUCACAUCUGGAAAUAUAUUAGAUAUAAAAACUAAUCCAAAUAAUAUAUUGUUAAAGGCUUUAAAACAAAUUUACAAAUCUAUAAAAGAAUUUUCAAAUGAAGCGGGUGAUAGUAAAUCUGGCUUGGAAAUUAUAUGUCCAGAGCUGGAAAAGUUUAUCACUAUAUUUACAACCAACGAAGAUGCAAGAUUACCGAAUUUAGAAGGCAAAGAAAAAAUCAAUAUCACUCCACCUCAGUUGACCGAAUGUUUACAGAGAUUAAAAGACUCCAUUGAAAUUUUAUCUAGCAUUCACCUUGAUUUUGCUUCCACCGAAAUCUCAGACCUGAAGCGCACCUUAUUAAAACUAUAUAAUUUGAUCGGCACCUUCACCAAAGACGUUUCUUCUAAUGACGCCAAGUUUCAAGGUGACGGUGAAAGCUUUGCCCAAAAGGAUUUUGCGACUUUGGAAAUAGUUGAAAAGAAAAACGAAUUCCUCGAGAUUCUGGCCAUCGAUGCAAUAUUUAAGCAUAAUGGAUUCGAUGAUGAAAUACGAAUAAAUAUCGAAAAGGCUAGUCGUUUGAACAAAUUUCUGAUGGAAUGCCUACAAAAUUCCAUACCACUUGCUAUCGUGAACGCCAUUUUUGAAAAUUAUCACAAAACGGGUUUUUUUGAUACUAAUGGCUACGCGGUGGAAUUGAAGAAAGAACUGGCUCUAGUCAAGCAAUCUAAAGAUCGUUGGGAAAGAUUGUUCAAAUCUGUUCGAUCUCAGCUGGAGGGUAGACUUGAACAAGGCGACUUUGAAGCUGGGGGGAAAGUGGCGCAUCUCGUGGCACGGCUAGAGGCCUCUAAAUUGCGAUGCGACGAGUUGCGGGCCUUGAUGGAAGAUAAAGAUGACAUCUCUAAGAAUGUGGAACUCCGUGUAACAUCAUUGAUAUCCGGUUUGUGGGAACGUUUGGUUGAGGGACAAAUGAGUAUGACCGUUUUCUCACCGUUACGGAGGGAAUGCGAUGAAGGUCCCAAAAUCAGUAGCGACCGUUUGCGAUGCAAUUACUGGCGAACAAAGCUUAAGUUAGCGCGUAAGGAAAUUGACACAUUGCGUGCUGAAAUGCGAACAGAUGGUGAAGGAGAUGAUCUUACCAGGGUAAAAACGGAGAAUUCUCGUCUCCGCAUCCAUAUGAGUGACUUGAAAUUGCUUCAAAAGACGUUGGAACUAAGCGGAUACUGUGCUCGAAAUCCCGAUUUUACUACUAAACUGAACUUGGACGAAAUUUUGCGAAAAUUGAAACAUCCUAGCAUAAUUAAUACGGCCUUGCUUGUAGGAGAAACUGGACUCAAAAAACAAAUCGAAGUUUUGUGUCAUUUUAGGGACGCCUUGAGCAAGCACAUUCAAAAAAGUUAUAUCAACGAAUCAUUGCCGAAUGUGGUAGGAAAUGAAACGAUCGAAGAUUUGAAAAAAAAUAAUACUCUUUUACAGGACAACGUUUUCUAUUAUACCCAAAUGAACAAGACAAAAGACGAAGAGCUAGCUAGAUUGCGUAAGCUCUUGAAUAUUAACGAUAUAAUUAAUUCCGAAAAUUCCGAUCUACUUAUAAAUAAACCUCAAUCGCAGAACAACCCCUAUAAUCACAGUAAAGAAACUAUAGAUGCCAAUAAUAGUGCCGUAUCAGAUCCUUCUAGUCACGUAAACAAUCCCGUAGAAAAUCAUAAUGGAAGUUUUUUGGGCGCAAACCAAAGAAUAGAAUUAGAAAACAGAAUUAGCAGACUUAACAACACAACGUCCGAGUUGAAACUCGAGGUUAUGAGGAAUUUGGAGAACUUUGCUAAAGAAAAGGAAGAAUUGAUAUCUCUUCAUAGAAACCAGGAAUUAAGAGUGGCUAAAGAAAUGGCCAAAUUACGUGGGGAUUAUGAAAGAUUAUUGGGUAUAAAACAUGAAAAUGAAAUUCUGAAAGAAGAAUUGACUAUUAAAACCAAAAUCUCUAUGGAAUCUCGUCAGGAACUUGAAAUAAUUAAAGAGCAUAUCAAAAAUCUUAACCUGCAACAUGACGACAAGCUGAUGGAUUUGCAAAACUUGGUGAAGGAACAAGAAACCGUAUUAAUCGGGAACGAGAAAUUUAAGGAAGGAAAAAUUAUGAGUGAAAAUUAUAAGCUUCAAAAACGCGUCGAAUUGUUAGAUAAAUCAGUGUGUCAGGCUCAAUCCAAAUUACUCAGAACUCGCUCACAUCAAACAAAGCUGUUCAACGAAAGCGUGGGCCUUAAGAAUAAAUUGGCGGCUCGUGAAUCUACUAUUAUCAGACUCAACGCCAUCAUUGCCAGAUACCGAAAACAAAAGAAUUCUAACCAUUUUACCAAGGAACAUUUUAAAAGUGCAAUGCCAACUACAGAAUCGAAUCCCCCAAAAUCAGCGACCAUUCGACCAGAAAGACAACUCAAUAAAAUUGCCGAGGGGAAAGGUACAACUCCAACAUUUAAAAAGCGGAAUUCUUUUACCACUAACAAACGGUAUAUAAAGGAAAAAUCGCUCGGAAAGUUUUUACGGGCAGAAAAACCAUAUGUUCUAUCAUCUUCGAAUAAUUUAUCUUUAACGUCGCACGACCAAGAUGACGAACCUGUAUCGAAGAGCCUUAAAUCUGCCAAAUUUUUGAAUACUGUAUUCGAUAAUUCGGAUAAUUUUUUAUCCGCAAUUUUAAAUACCGAAGAAUUGAGAAUAGAUCAACCAAACAUAACAACUAAAACCUUGCCCAACGAUAACGCAUUGUUGAAAAAAAUAAUAUAUCAAAUGAGAAAUCAUAUGAAUCAAUUAGCCAAAACUUUGAGCGAAAAAUGUAACCCUUCAUUGGAUCAAAAAAUUAUCGAGAAAUCUGAUCAAUAUUCACAGACGUUUGGUGACGAUCAUCGCGAAAAUAUUCAUUCUCGCGUUCGAUCUACGAAUACGCCUGACUUUAAUCAAUCCAAAAUGGCCGAAAAUGUUACGAGGAGUAAUUUACCAAUGGCAAAAUCGACACAAAUUAAUAGCGUUUUAGCGAGUUUAAAGGACGCACAUGUACAAACAUGCGAUUCGGAUACAAUUAACCAGUUACUUGAGAAAAUAGAGUUACUAAAGGAUACGAAUGAUCGGCUUAACCGUCGAUGUUGCGAUUACGUUUUAGACGUGGAGAGUUUGUCUCAGGAAAUACAAAAUUUUAGAUUGUCUAAAGAUCUAACUAAAUUAAACUUGACUCCUUCUCACGACGAUCAAGAAAAGGGGAACCUAUCUAUAGACAUCAUCGAAAGUGACGAUUGUUACGGAGACUACCACGUGACUAUCAAUGAAUCGCCUGCCACGAAUGAUAUAAGAAUCAAAUACGAAUCUGAAACAUCUCAUGAUGCGAUUAAUAAACCUUAUUAUGAUGUGAAUAAUUCGUACAAGGUCAAAGAUUUGAUAUUGCAUUACGAAUCGAUUGUCAAAGAGUUGCAACGAGCGUUAAAGGCAAAGUGCAAAAUUAUUUUGAACGCCAAAAUAGCCCUGAAAGAAGCUCUCCAUAGAGAAAAAUGUCUUCAAAGUGAAUAUUUAUUUAUGAACAACAAAUUAUUGAACGAGAAAAGUAUACAUCAAAAUUUUACAAAAUACCCACCAAGGGAACCAUAUGGUGACAAGAUUCCAUCUAGGUUAUUGGAAAAAAUACAAAAUUAUGAUUUUAUCCUGUCCGAAAAUAUAGACUUGAAAUUGGAAUUGAUUGAUUUAAAAAAAUUAUAAAUGAUAUUUAAUAAUAUAUUAUUUAUGUUAAAAUCAUAAUGUUAAGUUAAUUUAAAGAUUUAUUUUCGAUAUUGAUAACGCGG